AGCCUGUGACCGGUUUGUGCUAUGGGUGGUUCCGAAACAGAUCGGCGCUCGCCAACCACGCAAAUAGACGGGGGCACUCCAGUAGUCCAGUCCCGGUCUCUAUCAACAAGCUCACGGCGCGGUGCGACGACGGCCCCGCAUGCUUGGAACAAAACGGCAGGCCGCGCCGGCAAAACCAACCAGGCGCCGGGGAGCAGGGGAAGGAGCCUCCCCCCCGGGUCGCACCGCUGGGCGGGAUUAUAUAUCACUUCAGGAGUCAGAAUCGCAGAUCAUCACCUGAAGGAGCAUCUUCCUCCUACGAAUCACGAUUCAAGAGCGAGCCGUCCACGAAUUGUAGCUUCGUCUUCCUCCCCCGCGCCGCCGGCCACCUCCAUCUUCGAGGGCUCCUGCCCUCGGAGCCGCUGCUGCCAGCGACCCUGCUCGUCACUGCCGCUGUCAAAGCCGCCGCCACCACCGUAGCAAGAGCUCGUUAUGGCUCCCCCGCUGCAACCACGGGCCACCGGUUGUCCUCCACAUCUUGCGGCCGCCGGCUCCUACCGCCUCACUCAUGACCCGCCACCUCCAUCCACUACCUUGUCACCGGCGACCUACCUAUAUGACCGGGCACACCGAAGAUAACCUAAUCCUAACAACCCGAGCCCCGAAGCUCCGAAGCCUAACCCGAACCCCUGAAGCCCCGACCCUAGCCAUGGCCACGAGCAGCGGCAGCGCAACUGCGCAAGGAGGAAGAAGAGGAAAAUCUGGGCUGAAAUUGUAAUUGGGCCAAAAUCAUCUGAAAAUCGCCUUCAUGCGAUGGCAUAACGCGAGUGACAUAAGCCCCUCCAUCGACGUUGUGCCUUCGCCGUGGCGCACGCCGUCGGGGCCACGGGCGAGCUCCACCGGUGCACGCGGGCUCCGGCGAGCUCCGCCAGCCGUGCAGACAGCUCCCCCGGCGCGUGCGGGAGCCGCGCGAUUCGGCCGCCGGCAGCGCUCCCAGGCCCCGCGCGCGCGAGCUCUCGGCGCGUGCGUGCGGGAGCCAUCGAGCUCCCCGCCGCGGGCGGACGGGAGCCGCGAGAGCGGGCCGCCAGCGGCGCUCCCCGGCGCGUGCGUGCGGGAGCCACCGAGCUCCUCGCCGCGGGCGGGCUGGAGACGCAAGAGCGGGCUGCCGGCGGAGCUCCCCCGGCCGCGCGCGGGCGAGAUCCUCGACGCGUGCGAGGCGGAGCUCCGACGGCCUCGUGUGGGUGAGAUCCACAGGCGCAAGCGGGCGGGAGCCGCCGAACUCCCCGGCACUUGCGAGUUCCGGCGAGCGAGCUCCCCAGCGCAAGGCGUGGUUGAGCGAGAUGCAGACGGAGGUAAGGGGCGACGGGAGGAGAGGAAGGUGAGCGGAGCGUGGACGCUUGAGCAGGUCGGGUCUGGCUUAGCUACUACUGGAAAUUUUCACAUACUACCGGAACCAGGCUAGAGGACUUUUUUGGCACUAGCUAAGCCUGGCUAACGGGCUGUACAGGCAACCAAACGAAACGAAGUUGUAUUAGUAAAGCCUGACCAGGUGUUAUGCACCCAUGCAAACAGACCCAUACAGCUCCCGCGCACACCACCGGCGCCCACGUGAAACGGGCGAGCCGGCGACGUGAAAUGGGCACGCGCAUGAGAGAGAAAAAGUGAAGCAAAGCCCAGCCAGCCAGCCGGGUCUUGUUGCGACUUGACGGGCCGCCGUGCGGGCCGGCGGCGGCGGGCAGAGCUGAGCAAUUGAUCGGCCCAGCCAAUGAC